AUGGCAAACAACAACUUCUUGAACGUGUACAAAGGUGCGGAUUCUGUUCGAAAAUAUUUCGACCCUGAUUUAUCUCCUCCGCUACCGUUGGUUGAGAUAACCGACCGCCUCAACCCGUACUACCGGGAUGGGGUUCGCAUCUACGCGAAGAUGAUGGCCGUAGGCUCCACUAGCAUUAGCUCUAUGUCAGCUCUCAACCUCAUGCAGGAUAGUGAGGUAUCGGCAAAGACCAAGACAACUGUGCAGUACGGUUCUGAUUUGAUGCAGUCGUCCGGUAUUGACAUCACACCGCUUGGUGGUCUGUCACAGCCGGAAGCACUAGGCGAACAUGGUGGUGUUCGAGCCGCCCAAACCCAGGUCGAGGAGCCACAGAUAGUCAUCAACCCAAGUCAAUAUGGGAAUGAGAAGAAUUGGAAGUCCCAUGCGAAAUGGACGGGCCCUCAAAUUCUGAUGCAGCUGCCAGAAAUCAAUGUUAUCUGUGCAGGCAUGGACACUUCAGGUGCUAUACUAGGACUCGGUACAUUUUUCAAGGUGGCAAAGCCAUGUGUGUUCCGACUAGGUGUCUGCAUUACUACAACAGGCCAAGGACCUGGGGAUCGAUCCUGCGCCGCUGGCCCGGUAGGGCUUUCCCAGCAGACUGCUGUGAACCACGUUGAGCAGGUUGGAUGGCACGAUUCCUACUCUUGCAGCCUUGAACUCACGAAGGAUGGUAUCAUUUGUGGUCCAUUUUCUGGUCUGCAUCUCAGGGGACUGUUACAGUUCAUUGAGAAUCGCAGGAGCGAAGGCAGUCUCUCAUCCUUGGCCGGGCCAGAUGGCAAUAUCCACUGUGUCUUCUUAUGUUGUGACCUACCUCCAGAGUCCUUUGACGAACAUUCUGAAUGA